AUGACCUGGUCGGUCGCUUCAUCAACAUCACCUCUAAAUAUGGAUAAAGAGGUAGAAUCACAACGUAAUCACAAACAGAAUAUAAACCAUGUAAAAAGAGAAAGAUUAUUAAAAAUCAUGAAAUAUAUAAUAUUAGGAUUAUUGUCAUUAGUGUUGUUUUUCACAGUGGCCAAUGCCAAGUGUGAAUUCUCUCCAUGUCCACCAGCACCAACCGAGGUUUUCUGUAAUGCACAUGGAGGUCAUUUCUAUCCGAUAAACGAAGUCAUGGGAAGAUGUUGUAAUGAAUGUCUUUGUGAUCCCGCUAAACUCAAUGGUGGUGUUUUCAUUCCAAGUGAUCCAUUGAAUGGUAAUUGUUGUGAUGAUUCGCCAGACUCUUAA